AUGGCGGUUAGUAAGCUAUUUUUGUUAUUUUUCGUUGAACUGAUUAGCUAUUUCGAACUCUGCACGAUUUAAAAUCGGCAUAGUCUCGGAGUCUCGUGGUGUUUCCUGUACAUAGCAUACAAAUGCAUGCUAAGAUAGCACAUCACAUUACACGGCAAGAUCGCUUCCUAGUUAGGUUGUUCCACGCUGUGGUUACUCUUUCUAAGUGUUAGGUGGCUAGACUGAAGGUUUUCACAUUGGGGACACAAGGUUUAUUCACCUAAACCAGAUUAAACUCUUGUGGUAACAGAUAACCAGUCUUGAUUUCACUCUCGCAUUAAAACUUUAAGGACUACCGCUAUAACGAAUUAUUAAGUGCUUGUAUGUACAUCACGGAUAUGUCACUCACUACCUUAUGGUGAAAUGCCUGUGGUCUUAACUGAAGUUUACAGGUCGUAAUUCCCUAAGAAUUACUAAAACGCAAAUAAAGAAAAACAGAGAUCCAGAAGGUUAGUGAAUAAGCAAAGAAAUUUACAUUAACUUGGUUGUUCUCAUCACUUUGACGAUUUGACUUGUUAUUAAAAAAUACCAAAUCUACUUAAAUCUGGUGUAAAAUGCUGUAUGAACAUCAUUGAUUACAACACAGAAUUGGUUUGAACCCAGGAUUAACAUUUUAUUGUAUUGUUUGAUCAUCUCUGUAAGAGAAGUCCUUGUUAUGGGUAUUAGUGACUGAUUUCCAAGCAACCUUAGGCUGCGUUAUUAUCAGUGUUAAGUGACAAUUGUGGUCGUUGAAUUGUCAGUCGCCAUCACAGACAACAGUCCUUCUUAUAGCAACUCUCACCAGAAGAUCAGACUGUACGAUCGAAGUAUUUAUUGUAAAAGAACUGAUUUUUCAUUAAAUUACCUACUCAGACUAUGCCCUUAAACCCCAAGCCCUUCCUUAACGGGCUCACUGGCAAGCCAGUUAUCGUGAAACUAAAAUGGGGGAUGGAAUACAAGGGUUACCUUGUGUCUGUGGAUGGAUACAUGAAUGUUCAGGUAAGUUUAUCUUCCGCGAAAUCUUCAGUUUUUCACCAACUAGACUUGUUUUUAUGGGCUUAAAAAAAAUGCUGGUUGGAGAAAACAUGGUAUAUUUAGGUAGGUGCUUAUUUAUGGUAAGCUUGAUUUUGGCAGGAGAAUCUCAGUAUUUUCUUCAAGGCUUAGCAGCCAGCUUUGAUUUUAUAGGACCAAAAAGCUGGGGACAGAAAGAAGCUUUUAGCAAGAGGGGGGGAGGGGUUAGGUUAGGGUUAGGGGGAGGUGAGUAACGGUCUUUAAGAAGGAGAGGGGGAAGGUUGGGGAAAUAUAAAUAAUGGCUACUAAAGACCAUUGAUCUUUUGGAAACUCUGUUUGCAUAUGAACAGAGCUUCCCAUUGGUACAGUUUAGCCAUGCCUUUCAGUUACAAGCUGAACUGUUUCACUUUUCCCUUGCGUGACAAAGAGAAACAGAUGCUGAAUUCUGCAAAGGAGAAAUUGAUAAAAAAAGAAAAGAUGUUUGAAAGUAUGAGCAACCAGGAAACUUUUUGCCAAAGACAGUGAGCUACUCUUACUUCUAGUCAAAGAUAUUUCAAAUAAACAAAACACCAAGAGUAAUUGUUAUUUCAACUGUUUUGGCAGAAUCCAUGAUGAUUUCCCAUAGCAUCAAAAUGUUUAUAAAUACAGUUUUGUAAUAUUCCCUUUCCCCUUCCUUUACUGUUACCUUAACUAGUAAGACACACACUAUAAUUUUUCUCUCUCUUUUAUGUUAUACUGCUACCUAUAAGCCUGGCCUUACCUGGUUUUAAAUAAGACAGGGUACCUCAAUUUGACUUUCUUGAGAGGUCCAGAACACAAACUGCCAUUCAUGGUCCCAACUUUGUUAUAAUGCAAAUAACCACUUUGAGGGAUUUGUAAGCACGUGUAAUCUUCUUCUUUAAUGCUUCCGCUUACAUGGGCUGUGAGCAAAUUUGCUUUAACCCUUUAAUUCCCAGGAGUGACCAACACAGAAUUUCUCCUUACAUUAUCAGUACAACAUCAACCAGCUAGGUGAUGAGAAUAAAGAAAAAUAUGAAUUUGUGGAUAAUUAGUUGAUCUAAUACUAAAUUCUCUGAACUAACGUGAUAAGAAUUGUAUGGUUGGCAGUGAAAAGAAUUACAAAUUUGAUCUGGGAGUUAAAGGGUUAAGCACAUGCUUGUGCAUGUUCAUGUACCGUAGUGUAAUUUGUAUCAUAUACAAUGGUGAAAAAGUGUUUUUUGUUUUUACAGCUUGCUAAUACAGAAGAGUUUAUAGAUGGUGCAUUGACAGGCAAUUUAGGGGAAGUUCUAAUUAGGUUAGUUGUUACCGUAAGAUUGUACUCAUGUGAUGUGAUGUUAGUUGAAGUGGCACUGUCUUUUCCUAGCAGUACAAGGUUAUCUUUGGAAUAGAUCCUUUUAAGAAUGUCCAAAGAUUAUCAUGUUCAUUCUCCUCUUUGUACUGUGUCCUUUUUUAUCAAUUUUUCUAUUAAUUUUAUACAUUAUUGCUAGAUGCCAAUCCCAAAUAUUUAACUCUUUAACUCUCAGAAGUGAUUAACAUGUAACUUCUCCUAAGAGUAUCCCUACAUCAUCCGAACUUACAGCUAAUAAGAAUACACUUACUAAUCAGGCAGAAGAUGUCAUCUUGAUCGAACAACAAAUUCUCAUAAGUAAUUAACAAGGUAAUGUGUAGUUGCAAGAGGGGAGAAUUGACAAUCAGAUCGUGGGAGCUAAAGGGUUAAAGAAACCAUGAGUAACAACUUAGUACCUCUUAUAAUUUGCUGAAGGUGAAUACAUUGCUAUUAUGUUGUUGUUUAUUUUCUUUGUGUAGGUGUAACAAUGUUCUUUAUGUUCGUGGCGUAGAUGAAGAGGAAGAGGAUGGAGAGAUGAGAGAGUAGCCUCUUAGAACUAUUUGCAGUCAGCUUUUUUUGUAUUAUAUUUAUUACUAUGUAAAUUUAGGACUUUCCUUUAAAUUUUAUCCACUGAAAACCCUCUCAUGUG